AUGGCAACUACCAUUGAAACUGAAGAAUCAGAAAAUGAAUGGCAUAUUUCAUCUAAACAAAAUUCUACUAAAAAUAACGAAGAAAUAUGGUUUGAGGAACAAUUAUUUCAACAAUUUUCCAACGUGCCUUUAAUUACUACAGUUGGAUAUGAAAGUCCAAAGGAUGAAAUGGAAGAUAUUUACCUUGAAAAUAUUAAAAUUAAAUCAGUCAUCGCCAACCAACCUAUUACCAAAGGAGGAUCUCAAUGUACCUUUGCCUGUGAUGUAGAGAAUCACCAUAUUCAUACCUAUU